UGCUUACAUAACCUUCGAUCAAAAUACAACAAUCUGUUAAAUUUGCAACUCUAACGACAAGCGAAUCCGCUACACAAACUCGUUAAAUAGGUUCCAUGACAGUACUUCAUGUUGUCGAAUAUCACUGGUUUAGGCACACGACCAGUUAAUUCCGAGACAAAUCUCGAGCCCCCUUACAAUUGUUUUUUUUCGGAUCGGUGCAAAAUUCUUUUUUUGCAAUUAUAAAGUUCAUAAUUAGCCGCUUUAAACUAAUUCCAAUCUUAUACACAAUUCUACACAUGAUUUGGAAAGUUAUAUUAUUAAUCGGAUUAAUACAAUACGCAUGUACGACCCCACCUGCAUGUUUUCUAAGCUGUAUCAGUGAAGUCACUAGAUCUUUAUGUGAUUAUGGAUUACCGGAUUUAACAUGUGCUUGCAAAAAUGAAAAUUCCCUAACUGGAUGUCUUGUUGAUAUCUGUCCCUAUGGCACGUUCUUAAGCGCCAGAGACCAUUUCAUCGGUACUUGCUUAGAACAUGGCCGGCCUUCAAUUACAAAUCCGUUCCCGCCACCUUCAAUAUGGCCGGCUAACAAUGCACAAGAAGUAUUCCGUGAGGUGAAUGAAGAAUAUGACGAUAUCACCCAAGGAAUUUCUCAGAAUCCACCUCCAACUAGUUCAAGCAUGUCAAGUCAGAUAAACCAACCACAUAAAUCUUCAGCAAGAGUUCAAUCAACGCCUCAUUAUCCACCUCCAAAAUACCUUUCCCAUUCUGAUGUUGUUGAUGAUAAUAAUGAUGAUUCUGAUUAUGAUCCUAAUGCGUACUUUCAAUGGGAAGAUACAGAUUCUCUUGAUGAGUAUGGAAAUUUCAUCAUUAUUAGAAGACCAGUAAACGUUCCAAAACAAUUCCGAGAUCCACGAAACGUUGGUAAUUCAAGAAGAGUGUUCAUUAGAUAUUCCAGCGAUCAUUCUAAUAGACGAGUCAACAUUGUCAAUCCUCAUACCUUAAAAGCAAAGGAAACACCCAAGCAACCGAAUAAACUUAUCAAAUAUACCAUUGAUACACCCGAAGGUCAAUAUCGAGUUUCGAAAAUACGGUCAGGAAUGUAUUAACUCGUUUAUAUAUUAUUUUGUUCAGUUCCAAAUAUAUUCUUGUGUGUUUUCCUGUCUACUUUAAUGCUGACGAUGGUUUCACGGGGCACACUAACCAAGCCAAUUUCUCUGACAUGUAAGUUUUUGUUGUUUAAUCUGUCAACCGAAGUUUCAUACACAUUUGAAAGGAGUAAGUUUCCAAAUGGAUCAAUUACAGUAAGUAUUCCUUCAAGAAUACGCGAGUCAACUACUCUGACGUGUAAAUUGGCACCAAUGAAUUGAGCAGGAGCUAUAGACGACAUGGUAAAUUCAGUAAAGUAC